CAUUGUUCCUCAGAGCUUCGCUACAAAACGUCUGGCGUUAUGCAGAAAAGCCCCGCUCCUCCGGCUAUAAUAAGAGUCCAGCACUCCACACUCUCACAGGCUCUUUGGGGACAUUCUUCCAAAGUGUAAAGAGCGUUCUGCUUCAGUUCAGACUCGUCCGUCAUGAAUUCUUUCCAGGAGACUCAGUCUGACCUGGAGGUGAUCUUAGAGUUCCUGGAGGAGUACUACAGACAAAACACCGCAGAGCAUGGGGAGAAGAUGUUCUGUGCUGCAGGUUCACCUGCAGAGGAAAGAAGAGCACCUGCAGACGGAGAGUCCCGGCAGCAGCGCUGGACCUGCUGCGACUCACCUAUGCUCAGACCUGCAGUGGUCCAGGCCGCUCCAGCAGCUCUGAGCCUCAACACAUCAGCAGCAGCUCUAUCUGACGCGUCGCUGCCAGAGUUUCUAUCCAGCAGACACCCAGUCAGACCUCCAGCAGGUGGGAAGGUGCGUCUCUUCCACUUCCUGUUUGAGAUGCUGGAGGACCCGGCCAUGGCCCACUGCGUGUCCUGGGUGCCGGCCGCCGCCGCCGGCGUUUUCCGCUUCUCGUCCUCCAACAAGGAGCAGGUGGCGGCGCUGUGGGGGCAGCGGAAGGGCAACAAGAGGCCCAUGACCUACCAGAAGAUGUCCCGCGCCCUCAGGAACUACAGCCGCUCCGGAGAGAUCUUCAAGGUGAAGAAGAAGCUCACCUACCAGUUCAGCAGAGAGACGCUGCUGCUGCUGCAGAGGAGUCGACGAGGAGACUUCUGAUUUAUUUUAUCAUAUUAAACUCUUUAUGUCCUCCUUUUACCAUUUGUUUUUAAUCUAGAAGCUUAAACUUUCCACUUUUUUAGUUAGUACAUGUGUUGAGUUUGUGGUGUAAAUAAUU